CCCAGAGCCUGUGACCCAUCGCCGCCGCUGCUCCCGCAACCUUUCCGUGCCAUUUCCUCCUCUCCGCCGCGGCGGCGAUGUGAUUCCCCUUCUCCAGGCUCGGCCCGCCUCAGCUGAGCGGCGAACAUGGCGGAGCCAUCAGUUGAAUCAGCAAGCCCAGGUGGGUCUGCAACAUCAGAUGACCAUGAAUUUGACCCAACAGCAGACAUGCUGGUACAUGAUUUUGAUGAUGAACGAACACUAGAAGAGGAAGAAAUGAUGGAAGGUGAAACAAAUUUCAGUUCUGAAAUAGAAGAUCUUACAAGGGAAGGUGAUAUGCCAAUUCAUGAGCUUCUUAGCCUUUAUGGUUAUGAUGGUUCUGUACCACUACCAGAAGAGGAAGAAGAGGAGGAGGAGGAGGAGGAGGAGGGUGAGGGUGAAGAUAAUGAUAACAACAGUGGGUGCAGUGGAGAAAAUAAAGAGGAGACUAUCAAGGAUUCAUCAGGUCAAGAGGAUGAGACACAGUCAUCAAAUGGUGAUCCAGUUUCAUCUGUAGUACCAGAAGUAAUUCGCCCACGUCGUUGUAAAUACUUUGAUACAAAUAGUGAAAUAGAAGAGGAAUCUGAAGAAGACGAAGACUAUAUUCCUUCAGAAGACUGGAAAAAAGAAAUUAUGGUGGGCUCCAUGUAUCAAGCUGAAAUUCCAGUUGGUAUAUCUAAAUAUAAAGAGAAUGAGAAAGUGUAUGAAAAUGAUGAUCAAUUACUAUGGAAUCCAGAUUACUUGACUGAAGAUAAAGUGAUUGAAUUCCUUAAUGAAGCCUCCAGACGUACAGGCGAUGAAAGAGGAAUUGAUGCAAUUCCUGAAGGAUCCCAUAUUAAAGAUAAUGAACAGGCUUUGUAUGAAUUAGUGAAAUGUAAUUUUGAUACAGAUGAAGCAUUAAGAAGAUUGAGAUUUAAUGUAAAAGCAGCUCGGGAGGAGCUGUCUGUUUGGACAGAAGAAGAAUGUAGAAAUUUUGAACAAGGUUUGAAGGCUUAUGGAAAGGAUUUUCACUUAAUCCAAGCAAACAAGGUACGAACAAGAUCUGUUGGAGAGUGUGUAGCAUUUUACUACAUGUGGAAAAAAUCAGAACGAUAUGACUUUUUUGCUCAGCAGACAAGAUUUGGUAAAAAGAAGUACAAUCUCCAUCCUGGUGUAACGGACUACAUGGAUCGUCUUUUAGAUGAAAGUGAAAGUGCAGCAUCCAGCAGAGCUCCUAGCCCUCCUCCUACAACUUCCAAUAGUAGCACCAGCCAUUCGGAAAGAGAGGACAGCACAACCAGCAAUAGUAAUCAAAAUGGUGUAUCUACUAAUGGGCCAAGUGAGUUAUCAAGUAAAGAUGAUGUGAAAAUUGAAGGACUGCAUAUAAAUGGACCAACAACUGGCAAAAAAACGCAUCUUGUAGAUUUCGAUACAAAUGGUUAUGAGCCUGAAAAUCUUUCCAAUCAUUCUAAACUUCCUCAUUCAAAUGCAAGGCAUGAUCUUGAAGAUGCGAAUGAAAGGCCUAUGAAAAGGAGAAGAAUCAACAGCAGUGACAAAGAGUGCACAGCUUCCUCUGAAAUUUUCCAAGAAACAGUAGCCCAUGGAAAUUUUGAAGACCAGGAUAGUGUUGGAAAUGCUUGCAAGACUGUUCAUAGGAAAGUUUAUAAAUAUAUUGUUCUCAGGCUUGUAAGUAAAAUAUAGCACUGUGUACAUUUUUCAGAAACUUUACUUUGUCUUUAAUCUUACCUUUGAUGGUAUGCCUAAGAAAAUCCUGACAUUCCAUACUCAAUAUGUAAUGCUCAGCUGUUUUUAAGUAUUUAAUUGUAAUGUGCAUCUCAUUUAUGCAGGUGUUUAUACAAUAUUUUAUUCAUGUUCUUUAAAAUGCAGCCACUAUAACUUGAUAAAGACAUUGCACUAUUAGUACUAUUUAAAAAUCUUGUAAUUUAGCAACCAGUUCAAACAGCUUUUAGUGCAGUUUGGAAAAGAUGAAACCCAUUGCUUCCAAAUUGGUUUGAAAAGUCAGUACAGCUUUGUAUAGUGAUUGUAAUGUAUAUUUUAAGCACUAUUGUGUCCUGAUCCAUAAAGUGCAUUGUGUGCAGUCUGAAUCAAACCUUCAACUCAACAGGCCUGACUGUUGGCUUUAUAAAGGGUUUAAAGUGAUAUUUUGAAAGAAAUCAAAAAAAAAUUGCAAAGUAGUUUUUAUAAAUUUUUCACAUAGUAAUUUUGCACUGUUGGUAAUACCUGUGUCUCUUACCUAGCUCCCUGUCUGCAAUUCUGGAAAAGCUUAUUAAAGUAUUUUUUUAAAACAUAUUGCUUAUAUAAAUACAAAUAUUGAGUA